AUGUACCUAGGGAUUUGUGAGGGGGUGAUCAUGGACGUUAACGUGGACGGGCCCCCGCUCGCAAGACUGCGCGGGACCCCUUCUACACACGAGGGGUGGGCGCGCAUCCUUAUUGAGGCUGCUAAGAAGAAGGGAACGUUGUUACAAGCCGACGUGCUGGCCGCCCUCUUUGCUUUUUGGGCCUUGCGCGAGCCUGAGCAACAACCCAUUCUCAGCGCUGCACUAACGAUGUUCAUGAAGGUCCGUGAGAUAUUUGCCCCCACCUAUCGAAAGCACCUUAACGCGGCCAGCAUGGCAUGGGACUACUACGAGUUCUUGUCAACCCUGCAGGCCGACGUAAUUUUCGUGGGCGAAGCUUGGCCGGUGACCGGUCGUGCCCUCAAGACGAAGAAAGAGAGCUACAAGUGCCGGGGGAAGACGUCAUCGUCGCGGGAGAUGCCGCCGCCAUAG